AUGGUCCGCGGGCUGCCCGGUGCUGCCAGCCUGGCACGCUUCUUCCAGAAACUGAACAGGCUGAAGCCGCUGGAGGAGUCCAGCAUGGAGACGUCGCUGCGGCGCUGCCUGUCCACGCUGGACCUGACCCUAAUGGGUGUUGGUAGCAUGGUGGGAUCAGGCCUCUACGUGAUCACAGGAAUCGUGGGCAAGGAUGUUGCUGGCCCUGCCAUGAUCUUGUCCUAUAGUGUGGCCGCUGUGGCCUCCCUCCUGGCAGCCCUUUGCUAUGCAGAAUUUGGGGCACGUGUGCCCCGCACAGGCUCUGCCUACCAGUACACCUACAGGACCAUGGGUGAGCUGUGGGCCUUCCUCAUCGGCUGGAAUGUUAUCCUCGAAUCUCUCAUUGGUGCCGCUGUUGAGGCCCGAGCCUGGAGUAGCUACCUGGAUUCCCUCUUCAGCCACAGAAUCAGCAACUUCACGGUGACCCACCUGGGAUCCUGGCAGGUGCCCCUGAUGGGCCACUACCCAGACUUCCUGGCUGCCGGAAUCCUCCUUCUGGCCUCUGUCUUUGUCUCCUGUGGAGUUCGGUUCUCCUCCUGGCUCAACCACACCUUUGUAGUCAUCAACCUGGUCAUCAUUCUCUUCAUCGUCAUCCUGGGCUUCAUCCUGGCUCAGCCCCACAACUGGAGUGUAGAGGAGGGGGGCUUUGCACCCUUUGGCUUCUCUGGAGUCGUGGCUGGUACUGCCACCGGCUUCUAUGCCUUUGUGGGCUUUGACAUCAUCACUGACUCCAGUGAGGAGGCCCGGAACCCGAGGCGGGCUGUGCCCAUGGCCAUUGCCACCGCAAUUGGCCUGGUGGCAGUCGCCUACGUUCUCGUCUCCACCGUGCUGACCCUCAUGGUGCCCUGGCAUAGCCUGGAGCCUGACUCUGCACUCACCGAUGCCUUCCACCGGCGGGGCUACAGCUGGGCUGGCUCCAUUGUGGCCGCAGGCUCCUUGUGUGCCAUGAUCACUGUCCUGCUCAGCAAUAUCUUCUCUCUGCCCUGCAUUAUCUACGCCAUGGCAGUCGACAGGCUCCUCUUCCCAAUGUUUGCCUACGUGCACCCCCGGACACGGGUGCCUGUGGUAGCUACCAUGGUGUUCGGGAUCCUCACGGCCCUCCUGGCACUGCUGAUGGAUCUCGAAGCGCUGGUCCAGUUCCUGUCUAUUGGCACACUACUCGCCUACAACUUUGUGGCCGCCAGCAUCAUUGUGCUACGCUUCGGGAAGGCUCCUGCACCCAGCUGCCCAGGCCCGGCCAGCUCUGGCCCCCUGUCCAAGGAGCACAGCUCCGUCUCAGACCACAUGCAGCUGGUGGGUGCAGAGCAGGCAUCAGCCCCCGAGCCUGGACA